CCAGUCGCCAGUGAGACAGUCAGCGCGUCGCACGUACGCCACGCAUCGAGCAGCAGCAGCAGUAGCAGCAGCAGCAGAAGCAGCAGCGCGGGCGCGUUCACCAAAGUGAUAAAGACAAAGUGUUCAAGACAAAAUGUAAUAACUAUAAUUAAAUAUAUACAAUAACAAUAAAAUAAAAAAACAAACAAAACACCAACUAGAAAAAACAAAAAAAUGUUGAGCAGCACUCGAAAGAUGUCAUGUCAAAGAUGCGCACAAUUAGCCUAAGCUGACAACAACAACAACAGCAACAACAACCAGAAUAAGAACCUACAGCCAGAAUUUACAAGCAAAAGGAUAAUCACAAGAAGCACAAAGCAGCGAAAAACAAAAACAAAACAAAAAGCAAAUAACAAAAAGCAAAUAAAAACAAAAAUCAAAAGCAAACGCUAAUAAAACUAGAAGAACAAAUAUUAAAUUAAAUAUAUUUCAACUUAAAACGUAGCACAUCAAAAGCCUUACGAAUAUUACAACAACAACAACUAACUAAAAACAAAAUAAAAAUUUGUGCUGUGCUCUAAUUAUAGUCAAAUAUAGUUUAAAAAACCAACAAAAAAAAACAAAUAAGAUAUUAAAAAAGUAAUUUCAAUACAACCAACAGAAUAAAAUUAAAGCUAUUUAAUAAUUGUAAUCAUUAUUCUUCCAAUUUAAAGUUCGAAAUGUGUAAUUUUUAAUAACAAUUCAAUAAAUUAGUCAAAACAAAUUUAGAAGCAUAUUAAUAAUAGUCUAAAGAUAUAUUCAAAACUUUUAGUAGCGCAAUAAACAAGAGCAAGUAACUAAUAACUAAUUAACUAAUUAACGAUAUUAACAAAAUUUUAUUAAACUUAGCAAGAAAGCGUUGUGAAUUUAAUACCAAAACAAAACAAAAAAGAAAGAAAAAAAUCCAAUCUUUAAACUAAAACUAAAACUAUUGUCUAUUAGUAGUUUUUAACGGUACUACAAUUUUAGUCAGCAACUUUUAAACGAGCUUCAAAACGAAAACGCAAAGAAAAAGAAAUAUAAGAAAAAAGAAUUCACAAUUCACCUUAACCUUAACCGCAGUCGCAGCCAACACAACAGCAACAACAACAAACACAGGCGAAUUGGAUUUGGCGCCUAAAAGUAGGCAACGCAAACAGAAAUUUAUACAAAUUCGGCAGCGACGCUGACUGCAAGGCGACGACGACGGCGACUGUGAUUGCGACUGCGACCUUCGCGUGUGUGCAUUUGCAUUUUGGCUAUUGCACAAUAGAGGGCGCCAGCAAGCAACUAACUGCAGGCCGUCAUGACAGGAAGUGAGGCAAGCGGAAUAGAAGCAGCCUCAGCAGCAGCACCAGCAGCAGUCGGAUUACGUGUGUGGGCCAACUUUGCAUAACCUUAAGCUUAAGCCACACACAGAGAGCCACACAAAAAAAUGCAGGAAAUGAGCUACCUGCAGGAUAAUUCCAAACUGGAGGCACUCACCAAAGCCGUACUCAUCUCAAUUUUAGGUGUAGCCAUUGUGCUCUCCAAUCUACUGAUCAUAGCCACAUAUGCCAACUUUAAAGGUCCCACUGAGGUCAUCAACUACUAUCUGCUCUCGCUGGCGAUUGCUGAUUUACUAUGCGGUCUGCUCGUAGUUCCAUUCUCCGUCUAUCCCGCCCUAACUGGGGAAUGGAUGUACGGGGAUAUUGUGUGCCGCUUCACCGGCUAUCUGGAGGUCACCUUGUGGGCCGUCUCUGUCUACACAUUCAUGUGGAUAUCGGUGGAUCGCUAUUUGGCUGUGCGCAAACCACUGCGCUAUGAAACUGUGCAGACGAAGACGCGUUGCCAGUGUUGGAUGGUGUUCACAUGGAUAUCGGCGGCGCUCCUUUGCUGUCCACCGAUCUUGGGCUAUACGCAGCCGAUUGAGAAUAAUCUUUCGCACAUUUGUAUGCUGGAUUGGGGCAAUAUGGCGGCAUAUACCGUUACGCUGGCAAUAUUAGUUUUAGGGCCAAGCUUGAUAUCGAUAGUACACAACUAUGGCUAUAUAUUUGUAAUGAUGCGCAAAAUACGAUCCGGCGAGCCCAUACAUGAUAAAGAAUAUGCAACUGCAUUGGCUGAAAAUUUAUCGAACCCUAGUCAUAUGAUGUCAUUCGCAUUAGUCUUUGCAUUCUGGAUGUCCUGGCUGCCAUGGAUAUUAUUGCGUCUCUAUGAGGUGGUCACGGGCGACGUUAUCCAAAGUACUCUCAUCAAUUUUGCCGUCGUCUGGAUUGGUGUACUGAACUCCUUUUGGAAGAUAUUGAUUAUGUCCGGGAUGUCGCCACAAUUUCGGAUUGCGCUGAGAGUAUUUUGCUUAACCAUUUGUUGUAAGACUAAGGGCAGAUUGCAAGCGGAGCUAAUCGGGUUGGACCCAGAUGACUAGAGCCGUUAAAUUUUCAAGUAUAAAUUGGUUGUGUCAAAAAAAAAACGAAAAACAAAAACGAUAAACGAACGCAUCUCUGUUAAAGUCUAUUCAAAUAUAUAUAUAUAUAUGUAUGCAUACUGCAUAUAUAUAUAUGUAUAUAUAGUUUUGCCCCCCAUAACUGAACCGUACUUGCCACCAGGCCACCUAGUUGCAUAUUAUAUGGAUCGCCUGGAUAAUACACGCUGCGUAACACUCCCCAACCACCCCUCAAAACAAAAUAAUACCUACUAAAAUUGAAAGACAUAUUCAUUAAAGCAAAAGAGAAAGCAUAGUUCUUAAGCGAGUUUUUAAACGUUUGUAAUUAUGUUUCGGAUUUCGGGAUUCGGACGAUCGAUUUAUUAUUAUAAUAUAUAUAUUGUGUAUUUAUGAGCUUACCAACA